UUUCUCUGAUUAAAUGUCGAUGAAAAUGUACUUAAAGAGACGACGACGUUUCUUAAAUGCGAUAUUAUUUUCCCUUUCGCUAUGGCCGACCCAGAUCCCUGUACGAAGUCGGGGAAAUUCGUGGGGAAGUGCGAAUGCAAACAUUGCUACUUCAUAAAGUGGAUAUUGAUACCGGAGAUGGUCCAUGGCCGUUAUUUCUGUGAGCCUGGGUCCAGGGAAUUCGUCGAGCUCGAUUCCGUCGACGUGGAACACCUAGACCGGAAGAUCAGUCGCAAGAACAUGCUACACCGGGUGAUGGCACGCGUAAAGUUUUCCGGAGUAACGUGUAGCUUUCCUCUUAUUAUCAAAUUGCCUAAACGUACGGAAACUACGCUGCCCGGCUCAUUCUUGAACGAGGAGAUGUUUUAUAGCAAGAUGACGCUUGACUAUGGAACAGACGGCACCUCGAAGUGUUACGUGUCCGAUCUAGGUCGAUUCGAUGAUCAGGCUGUUAUCGUAUUGGAAGAUCUGGCCGCGAGUGGUUACACACAAGUAGAUGAAAAAUUAGAUGAGGAUCACCUGAAGUUGUGCAUGAAAGCUUUGGCGACGUUUCACGGCAAGGGAUUGAAACUGAAGGCACAUAACUUUCCUAUUUUCAGAGAGUUCUAUGCGAAACUAUCUGAACCGAUUGACUGGUUGCACCUUAAUACAAGUCCUGGCAGUGUCAGAACAUCUGAACUUAUAGUUGAAUCAACAUUGGAUAAUCCUGAAUGUUUGGACACUUCAUUAUAUUCUGCAUUGCCAGUUGAGGCAAGUCUCUCCGAGAAAAUAAAAGCAAAACACAGCGUAACGACCAAACUCGAGUUUAACGAUUUUUGGACCAUCUGCCAUGGUAAUUUCACACGGAAUAACUUGUUGUUCAGGUACGAAAAUGGGUAUCCGAGCGACGUAAAAGUGAUUGAUUGGAGUACAAUGAGGUACUGUUCACCAUCGAUCGAUUUCGGUCACAUUCUCCUCGAAAAUCUGCCCGACGACAAUAAUCUGGCGAAGGUUAAGGCAUUUUGCCAGAAUAUGUUGGAGAUUUAUUUAGACGCCGUGAAAGAUGUGUAUCUAGAAGUGGAUCGCGAACUCUUGGAACGAGAUAUUAUCGCCAAGUUGCCGUUUGCGUAUGGUAUGAUUGAAAAUCGGAUGCUCAGAAAAACAGGGAUGAUGUUGCGUGCGAUCGAUCAGUUGGGCAGCUUUGAUUGAAAUCGCUAUCGUCGUUUGAUUACAGUUAUUUAAUCCUUUAUAUAAUAGUUUAUAGAGUCUUCACGAUAUUUGGUUCAUGUAUUAAAUUUCUCACCAUUUUACUGUGCAUAUUCGUGAUAGCAGUACGAAUAGAGUAUAUCAAAAUGAAUGUUACAGAUUUAAGUUCAAGGAUUUACUUU